AUGUCGUUAAAGGAUAAGUAUCUAGAUCUCGAAUCAAAUUUAAUAGAUAAACUACAAAAGUUGCCAUAUGUUCAUCAAUUUAUCCACGAUCGAAUAAGUGGCAGAAUCACUCUCUUUUUGAUAGUGGUUGGAACGCUUGCAUUUUUCAACGAACUGUAUAUCACCAUUGAAAUGAGCCUCCUACAAAAGAACACAUCAGAAGAACUAGAGCGCGGAAGAAUCGAUGAAAGUUUGAAGCUUCAUCGGAUGCUAGUGAGUGAUGAAUAUCACGGUAAAGAGUACAAAGAUGAGAAAAGCGGGAUCGUUAUCGAAGAGUUCGAAGAUCGCGAUAAAUUUUUUGCAAAACCUGUGUUUGUGUCGGAGCUGAAUGUUAAAUGUAAUGUGGUUGUAGAUGGGAAAGAAAUUUUGUCCACCCCGUUAAAAUUCCAUGUCGAGUUUUCUCCAGAAGAUUAUGAAAAUGAAAAAAGACCUGAAUUUGGCACCACCUUACGUGUAUUGAGGCUGAGACUUUACCAUUACUUCAAAGAUUGCGAAAUAUAUCGCGAUAUAAUCAAGAACGGGGACGGUGAAGGGGCAAGAAAGUUCACGAUUUCCAAUGGUGUCAAAAUUUACAAUCAUAAAGAUGAACUACUGCCAGUGAAUAUUGACGAUGUUCAAUUAUGUUUCUUAAAGAUUGAUACGGGGAACACGAUAAAAUGCGAAUUUGUAUUAUGA